AUGUCAAACCUAUCCGGGACCACCCUGAGCCCAAUGACCUCCAGAGGCAACCGCUGCCCUUACCCCCCUCCUCCGACAAAUAUCUUCUGCGCAACCCCUGCUUGCCGCGCCCACAUUCCCCCCACCGCCAUCAACCUCACCAUUGCUUCCUGCCAUAACUGUCGCAGAGCCACCUGCACCCUUUGCGGGAAGCGCUUCCACGCGCCUAAACCCGCCUGCCCCGCUGAGCGCAUUGCCAGCGGCCUCAUCUAUAGCCUCAGGGCCCAGUACCUCAAGGACAUGCUCAGGCUCGGCGACGAAGACACCGCACUGUUCCGCGCCAAUAUCCUGCCGCCCUGCGGUGACGAAAACCUCGGCAUUUCGUGCGGAGGUAUUGAAGUUAAGGAUUCGAUCCUGAGGGCCCGUAGAAGGAAGCUUGAGGAGGAACGUCUUGAGAUUAUCGCCAAGUUGAACGUUAUGCGCCAGGAACGCAUCGCGAGAUUCGUUAAGGACAUGGCGUACGCCGAGGACUUGGAGGAUCAGAAACUUAGGGCCAAGAUGGCGAGGGCUAUUGCGAAGCUUAACUUGGACAACUAA